GCUGUCGCAGGUUGGGAGUCGGCGCCGCGGCGGCGUGCGAUUGUGUUGUACUACGUUCUCGGCCCCCUGGACAUGGACUGACCGACCGUUCUGGGAAUGUGCUAGGUGGUGGCUCUGGCUUGGGGGCGACGUCGGCCUCUUUUCCGCCGGAGGACACUCCCGCGUUGGGGGCAGGCUGUUGCACGCGGUGUCAGCGGGCUGAGGUGAACAGACGACAAGCAUGAAGUGACAUUCACAGGUGCUGCAUGCUGAAAUCUAAUGAGAAUGCACCGCCUAUGCAGGAACUAGACCACGAAAUGAAACUAUUGUUUAAAGAGAUCCGUAUCAUUUAUUUGCCAGUAAAUAUAAUGUAUAUGAAUUUUGAAAUCUAAAGAAAAAGCUUCAGAUGGAGCAGAUUAAUAAUGACCCUUCACUUAAUGACCUAGACAGCGACAGCAGACCCACAGACAACGCGGGCAGAAAACCAAGUGAAUUAGAACACUCCUUGUCCAAAAUAACACACAAUGCUUUCGAGAACUUCGGCCAAGGUUUAAAACAGCUUUUUCAUCACCAACGUCGCCGAUCAUCUGUCUCACCCCAAGAUGGUCUCCACAUUCAAUCUGACCAAGAGCUCCCGAGCCCAGACACCUGUGUCCCAACUGCCGAGCUGGACUGGCAAGCUCCAGCUCAACACGCUGCCCAGAGCACUGCUCUCAACAGGGUCCUACAGCAGUUCCGUGUUGCUCCCAUGAUGAAACGGGGUGCAAGCCUGCACAGCCGGAAGAACAAAUUGGACCUGCCCAGAGGAAGUCCACAGAUAUCUCGCAAGUCAGCCCCAGAUGGCACUGGUUCUCUCCUGCUACAGUCUGGCAGACCCCGCUCCUCCUCCACUACUGAACCACCAACCUCCUCUUUGUUUAUGGACACUCUGACCUUCAGUCCUCAUUCAGGAGAGGAGUUUGACCGGGUCGAACGGCUGGAAGUGAACAGUGUGGUUGCUUCGAGCUCAGAUGGGGGGAUUAGUGUGGAUAGCCUAGAUGGUUCACUGGACCCCCAGAGGACGAGAGCUGCCAUUACUCACCUACAGCAGAAGGUGCUGAAGCUUACAGAGCAGCUGAAGGUGGAGCAGACAGCCCGAGAUGACAAUGUGGCGGAGUACCUCAAGCUGGCCAACAACGCUGACAGGCAGCAAGGAGCUCGCAUCAAGCAGGUCUUUGAGAAGAAAAACCAGAAGUCGGCGCAGACUAUCCUGCAGCUGCAGCGCAAGCUGGAGCACUGCCACCGCAAGUUGCGCGAGAUCGAGCAUAAUGGCAUGCCGCGGCAGCCCAAAGAUGUACUCCGGGAUAUGCAGCAGGGCCUGAGGGGUGUGGGGGCCAGGGUGACAGGUUUCAGUGAGGGCGUCGUGGGCAGCGUGCGGGGUGGUCUCUCCAGCUUCUCCCAAGCCACCCACUCAGCCGCAGGGGCCGUGGUUUCCAAGCCACGGGAGAUCGCAUCCCUCCUUCGCAACAGGUUUGGCAGUGCGGAUAACAUCCCCACCCUUAAGGACUCGCUGGAUGAAGCGCAGGCAGAAGAGUGCCUCAAGGGCCUGGAAAUCUGUGGCCACCUGCAAUCCAGCCUCAAGUAUGGCAGCGAGGAGGAGUGCUCGAGUGGCACAUCAGGGUCAGCUGCUAACAGUGUGUCGGGGACACCCCUGGAAUCUACCACCUCCAAAACCAACACACUAGACCUUGCCUGCUCAGGCUUUGCAGGGAUAUUCCAAGAACUGCAGCAAGUGAAGGAGACACAGGCCCAGCUGGAAGAAUCAUUUGACACUUUGAAGUCUCACUAUCAGAGGGAUUAUACAUUAAUGUUACGGACUCUGCAGGAAGAGCGAUACAGGUGUGAACGGCUUGAGGAUCAGCUCAAUGACCUGACAGAGCUUCACCAGCACGAGAUUCUCAACCUGAAACAAGAGUUGGUGAGCAUGGAGGAGAAGAUCGCCUAUCAGUCUUAUGAGCGAGCACAAGACAUUCAGGAGGCUCUGGAAGCCUGUCAGACUCGUAUCUCCAAGAUGGAACUGCAGCAGCAACAACAGCAGGUGGUUCAGCUGGAGGGUCUGGAGAAUGGUACAGCGCGCACCUUGCUGGGCAAACUCAUCAACGUGCUACUGGCUGUGAUCGCAGUGCUCCUAGUCUUUAUCUCAACUCUGACCAACUGCUUGGUGCCACUGAUGAAGACACGAAGCAGGACGUUCUGCACUUUGUUUCUGCUGAUCUUGGUCGUGGUGAUGUGGAGGAACUGGAAGGUGAUCACCUGGUAUGCUGGGCAAUUUGCUUGGUCCCCUACUUGAUGCUAAGAUGUGAACUUGGGUCCACUUUGAAUUACAGACUGUUUAACCAAUGUACUUGGACACUGAGUGGAUUUGUUUACAUUUGAAGGACACUUCUUUCUCUGACUACACUGGGCAUGGGAUUUGAAGGUUCACGUAAAUCUGAUUGGUUGGUGAUUUGUGUAAUGACUGUGUGAGAUCCUUUCUGCAGCCUAGGUACUAACUGACAGAGCAGAAGUUUGUUAAAUGCUUUGUUGCUAACCUUCUCACUCUCCAAAUAUCUCAAGGGAGGAGAGAAACAAUAGCAAAACUGCUUGAAAUUUAAUGCACCAUCUCUGAUAGAGAAAUGUUUUAUAUUUUGUUUGACUAAGUCCAGUUUUGCAAUAUUGAAAAGUAUCUUACUGUAAAGUAUGGCACGUUCCAUCUUCCAAAAAUUCACCAAAACAAUGUGUAUUCAGGGAAUCCUCAGGCCCAUUUUUAAAGUGAACCCGUUGGCCAAGCCGGCUCCUGUACGUGAGAGGGUGGGAACGGCACCGUACCCUAUGCCAUGGAGUGACUGUGUGCUUAUUGAGGAGACCACUGGCAUCCUCCUUGCCUUGAAGCUCACACACUCCACCCAACCCCUUCCCAUGUGACUAACAUACUUGAAGAGUGUAAUGCUCAACUGUCUCAGUGCUUCCAUACUGCUUCUAAAAUAGGCAAGUUUUUAGCAAUGAAUUUUAAUUUAACUUAAAUAUGUGUAGAGUCUUUUAAAUUAAAUAAUUUACAUUCAUAGAGAUCCCAUCCAUCUCAAGGCAUCCCAUUCUAAUUCAUUACAGCCCCAAACUGGGCUCAGUUGAUCCUGGGCAAAGGGCAGUGCUCCAAAUGCCUCUAAUGAUGCUAUCCUGCCUAAAGCUGCCCACCCCAGCUACCUCCGGUGAAGUGAAGAAGUCUGAUUUAUUCGCAGCAGCAUGGAUGACAAUUGCUGAGUGUUGUGAAAUAGUCUUUGUACAGUUAAGAUUGCCUCUGCUCUAUGACAUAGGAUUUCCCAGUUACAUCAAUUGGAGAGAUGCUUCCACGUGAAGCUUGUUUGGGCAGCAGUGUGUGGGCUUCCCACUUCCACAAGGAAGGUCCAUCCUGAGAGUUUGCAUUUUCCCCCCAUUUUAGAAUGGGACGUCAAAAUCAGGUGUCACAAUCUUGCUAGAAACUGGGAAUUUCAAAGCACAAAGUAAGCUGCACAGAAGCCAAUGUAAGACCAGCUGCAAUGCAGCCUUCAGAAUUGAGAGUUAAGACUGUAAUGAGGCUGGCUUUAUUAAUAUAAAACAAAGCUUUAUUAAUGCAGUUAUCCACUUAUUUGCUGCUGUGAAGGUAUUUCUUUAGGUUGAGUGGUGGAUAAUCUGAGCCAUUGGAAGGCAUGGUACAGCUGCACUGCGUGCAAGGAGCUGUGUGAGAUAUGAGAGACACUCAAGGAAUUAACACUGUAGUUAGUUUACAGCUACUUUCUGAUUGCAUUGCAUCUUGGUUACUGGGCAGUUACUGUACUGUACUUUAAAUAAAGACCUUGGCUAUAUUCA